CAUGGAGAAUAAAACACGAGGAACCAAAAACCUGCAGAAUAAAUCACGAGGAACAAGGAGGUGUUACACUCUGGGAUAAGAAAUCAUUGAGUGAAAAAUUUGGACACUCGUCAACAGACCCAGACAAAUCUGCUGUUCAGUAGCACUGAUUCUCUCUCUAGUAAGUCCAACCUCCUGGGUGUAAGUGCUUCCCUGAAGGCCAGUUUCUUGGGGGGGCUUGUGGAUGUGGGAGGAUCUGGCAAGUUCCUGCAUGACACCAAAUCCUCAAAUCAAUAGUCCAGAGUUACAAUGUAUUACAGAGAAACCGCAAAAUAUGAAUAGCUCACUAUGUCCCAGCUGGGCCAGUUCAUCUACCCUGAGGUGUUUGACAAGAAAACUGCAACUCAUGUGGUCACGGCAGUACAGUAUGGAGCUCAGGCCCUCAUGGUGUUUGAUCGGACAUUUUCAGAAGACGAGAACAAGCAGGAGAUUGAGGGAGAACUGAAUAUCAUGUUCAAGAACAUCCCUUCAUUUUCAAUUGAUGCAGAAGCAUCUGGCAGUAUGAAAGAACAUGAAAAGAAAAAGGCUGAGAAAAUCACCUGCAUAUUUCAUGGGGAUGUCCUACUUGAGGAGAACCCCACCACAUACAUGGAAUCCAUUGAGAUAUACAAGAAGCUCCGCAUUCUGCUGAAGGAGAAUCCACAGAAUAUGGUUCCAAUAAAAGUCUGGCUCCAUCCUCUUCAUCUGUUAGAGAACAAAGCAGCUCGGCUCGAUAGAAAAAUGACCACAAGUCUGAUUUCUGACGCUGAUCAUAUAAUCAAGGAGCUUGGAGAGGCAGAGAGGACACACAAUGACCUGUGAAUUGGUCAAUGCUCUUAGUGACAUCAAAGAGAGACUGCAAUUAUUUAAUAAAUCAUUUUGCAUGUACAAGACAAUGUUCAUAGAAGCAGUCGGCAGGGUCUUGCCUGUUAUUCAAAGAGGAAUGGAAGAGGAAAAUUUCUGGAAGACAUCCUGAAGAUCCACAGGAGCUCCCCAUUCAGUGCUGAUAUGCUUAAGUCGUGGUUAAAUGAUGCAAGGUCUGAACUUCUCAUCUUGAGUUCUUACAUCAAGAUGCUACAGGGGAUCGAUAUCAAAUACUCAGUUGAUCUCACUACCACCUUAUUUGAUCCUGAAG